ACAAAAUUAAAUGAUAUCAUUUCAUUGUACAAAAGAAUUAAUAUUCAUUAUUAUAAAUCAAUUACUUGUGUUCAGCGUUACCUUUGUGAUUUCUAAUAACGUUUAACAAUUUAAAAUAAUAUUUUAUUAUAUUUUAUUUACUUUGUCAUUAGUUAUAAUACAGAAAGAAUUAUUAAACAAAAAUUAAAAUGAAUCGUUUGAGGAAACUUCUUUCAAGCAAAGAAACUCGAGAUUAUUUUCUAAGUACACAUUUUUGGGGACCGGUUGCUAAUUGGGGUAUUCCUAUAGCUACUAUUGCAGAUAUACAAAAAGAUCCGAAAUUUAUUAGUGGUAAAAUGACUGCGGCAUUAUGUGUAUAUUCAGCAGCGUUUAUGAGAUUUGCAUUAAGAGUGCAGCCACGCAAUAUGCUACUUUUUGCUUGCCACUUUGUCAACGAAGGAGCACAAAUUACCCAAGGUUGUAGAUUUAUAAAAUAUAAUUAUUUAGAUAAGAACAAACAAGAACAAUAAUAAAGAACAAUAUGAAUCUCAACUGCCA